AUGGACCUGGGUUCUCGAGUGCCCAACUGUGGAGCAGAGGUGGGCACGCGGAGACAUGGACGAAAACACACAGGGAGAGCUUCUCCUGUGGCCGCACCUGUGGCCAAGGAGAAGCAUUUCCUUGGUAGGCUCCUGCGUACACAGCAAGGCAGGCUUGGCCCACAGGAUGGGGCCAGGAAUCAAACCCGUGAACUUGGCAUCAGUAGCUCCCCGCACUACUCCUCUGACAUGGAGCGACAGGGAAAAGGAAGGAAGGUGGUGGCACUGCUUCUUGUGCCCCCCGCCCCGGCCCCCAGUUUCCUUACUGUCAAGGGAGAGGGUGUCUUUGGAAGGGUCUCCAUGCAUAUCAAGCAGCCAGAAGGCAGCCAGGAGGAGAGGGAGACUUUCGUCUCUGGCUCGGCUGAGGAGACAGACAAGAAGCAGGCAGACGAAUGUAAGCUGACACCAGGCGUGGAUAAGUUGGAGGAGGAGCGGAGUGAGGCGCAGAGAAGGAUGGCGGGGGGCUGUUUAGAGGCUGCAAGGGCCGCCUCCCUGCACCACCUGCUCCUCGCUCACCUCAUUCUGCUGGAGCCCUCUGCCUGCCUUCUGCUCCUGGAACAUGCCCGGCUCUUCCGAGACUUUCCCAUCCUGCAGUUCCCUCUGCCUGAAAAGCCCUCAGUAGGGGAAAAGAAGAACUAUCAACCAGCUCCGUCAAAGACACUAUCCAACAUUCGGAUGGCUGUUCGGGCUGUUGAGGUCUCUUCCUGA